AUGAAAACUAACAAUAAGAAAAUUUUUCCAUCGAAUACAUAACUCUAUUAAUCCGUUCCAUAAUUGGAGCAUGACAAUGGAUCUAUGUAUAAAAUGCACUAAUCCACAGUUUCUAAGCCUCCUCUCUCGAUAGUUCCAAGUGAAGCAAAUUAAAGCUACUAUUAAAUUAUAGAAAAAAAUAAACUGUUAUACCUUGAUUAUUAUAGCCAAUAUAAUGAAAUGAAAUUCAUGGAAAAUAUGGCAAGUAUUAUUAUUCAUUAAUAGAAAGGUUUGAGACCUAAAUCUGAAAAGUUAACUUUAUUAGAAAAUUUUCUUAAUAUGUUUGAAGACAUGAUUUCUUGUCUUAUUGUCAUUUAAAAUACCUUACUUCUAAUGAAUUUUGAAGCUCCUGAUUUUACAUAAAUAUAUGGAUACUUGCCAAAUAUAAUGGCUGAUAUUUUGAAUAAAGACAUUAAAGUAAAUAAUUCACUUAAUAAAGACCUUAGAAGGUUUACAUUUAGAGAUAGAAUUUUAAUCAUCUCUUAGGUUUUUAGAAACAGUAUUAGAAGCAUUAUAAUUUAAUUCUGAAUAAGCAAAUCGUAUUCAUUAACUUGACGUCAAAGCCUGGUCAUAAAAAUGCUUUAAUCAUCUCAAUAGCUUUUUAGGUAAUUCAUAAAAAUCUUAAGCUUCUUAAACAACAAUACUAUGUCCUUGUUUUAAAUGAUUUAUAUUAUAUUAAUUUAUAUUAGAUGUAAUUAAAAAAGCAUUCAAAUUAGAAGCAUCUUUAAUAUCAUACAAGAAGCCAUUCUUUAAAUAAAUCAUACUCAUCUAAAUAACCUUCCACAAAUUUACCACUAUUACUCAGAUAAUAAACAACUUUUCCAAAUUAGAAAAUUAACAAUGAAAAUGAAUCUAGUAUUGCUAACCAAAAUAUUGAAAUUUUAGGGGACUUUAUAUUGCCAUCCUCUAAAUAUACAAAAUAAUAGAAUAUUAUUUUUGCAGAUUAACUCACAGAUAAAAUUUCAUCGUUACGUAAUUAUAAAAAUAAUAAAAAUGUAAAUGUUUUAAAAUAGAUGGUGAGAAAAAGAAUAUAAACAUAACAUAGUGAUUUAGAAAACUCUAUGAUCUCAACUCAAAGAUUAAUUACAGAUCCAGGUAUAGUUCUACCCAAAAAAUAGUAAAAUAAUUAAUUCCUAAUUCAUAAAGAGUAAAUUUUUUAAGAUGGAGUCAAAUACCCUUAUCAAUUAUAUAUGAUGAAUGAAAAGAGGAAAAACUUGAUAUCUAAAUUACUUACAAAUACAGAUAUUAAUGAUUUAUCAAAAGAUAAUUAAAACAAUUCUAAAAACAAAGAAUUAGCAGAUCGAUUGGUAGCUUAGAUAAAACUUUCCUAAUAAUUGAAAUCAAAGAAGGCUUUAACAUCAAAGAGUUAUAUGAAUAAUGCCUUGUAUUCUUUAUUGGCUUUAAACAAGAAUUCCUAGGAAGCUGUCAAACUAAAAUAUCGUUAAAAUUUACCAAAAGAUUCAAGGUUUUAUUUAAUUUGA